CUUGAUCUGCUUCAUACCGCAAACCCCCAUCAUCAUCCAACAACUGCCGUAACACUCUGACACCGUCAUUGGUCGCAUAUUGACAUCAUGAUCCGAGACUUCUCCUGAUCUACUUCCUACUCGUAACUCCUCCCUCUUCCCUCGUACUGCAUACUCCGUACUUGGUCCCAUUGUACGCUUCCUCCUCACAAUAUCGCCGGCCUCUCACUCCUGCUCCGUGAAGUUAACCAGUACCUUUUUGAGGACAUAAGGCAGAGCUAAUCUAGUUAUCUCCGGGCUCUGGACCCCCACUCUUCGACAUAUAAAACUGCAUUCUUCGAGAUCAUUCUAUCUUGGAUAGGGGUGGUGAAGAGGCUUGGGGUUAGUACUGCGUACACCUAGCCUCGCCAGCACCCGGCAAGCCCAGACUUGUCAAGAACAAUCCGGUUGGGGAUCUCGGAUCUCAAAAACAAGAAAAAAGCCAGACACAGAUCCUCACCUCACCUCCGCCACCUCUUCCCAAGCAAAUCGAAGUGGAAGCCAUCUGCCAAAAUGUCAUCCCAACCGACACUAGUCUCCAAGCCGGUCGGUCCCAUUGGCUAUGGGUUGAUGGGCCUGACCUGGCGGCCAAACCCCCAGCCGGCCUCGGAGAGCUACGAAGCCAUGUCCACCGCGCUCUCUCUUGGUGCGAACUUCUGGAACGGCGGCGAGAUCUACGGUACCCCCGACCGGCACUCAUGCCAUUUACUCAAGGAGUACUUCACUCUAUACCCUGACCACGCGGAUAAAGUCGUGCUCAGUAUCAAAGGAGGCUGCAAACCUGGAAGUCUCGAGCCCGAUGGGUCACCCGCGAACGUCCGCCGUAGCGUGGAAGACUGCUUAAAGAUACUCGAUGGGACGAAGAAGAUCGACAUCUUCCAGUGCGCACGCGUGGAUCCCAACACAGCCAUCGAAGACACCAUCAAAGCCCUUGCCGAGCUCGUCAGGGAGGGGAAAAUCGGCGGCAUCGGGUUGUCGGAGGUCAAAGCCAGCACGAUCGAAAGGGCCCACGCAGUGCACCCGAUUGCCGCGGUGGAAGUUGAAGUGAGUCUUUUCGGCGCCCUGGAUAUCCUGAAGAACGGCGUCGCCAAGACGUGCGCCAAAUUGGGCAUCCCGAUCGUCGCGUACAGUCCGCUUGGACGGGGUGCGUUGGCGGGUGACGGAGUGCGCAGGAACGCGGAUAUACCGGAGGGUGAUUUUCGCAAAGCCAUGCCCCGGUUCCAGGACGACGUGCUCGAACAGAACAACCGGAUGGUGGACGAGGUGGCGAAGCUGGCGGAGCGUAAAGGCGUGACGAAGUCGCAGAUUGCAAUUGCUUGGGUGAGGCAGUUGACCGGCCGCACGAUCGACAUGGACGGGGAGAAGGUCACGUUGGGAACGGUUAUACCGAUCCCGGGCGCGACCAAGGUCGAGAGGAUCAAGGAGAACUCGAAACUAGUGGAGCUGACGGAUGAGGAGAUGGACGAGAUUGCGGACGUGUUGAAGAGUAAUCCUGUCAAGGGGGAUAGGUAUCCCAAGUUUGCGAUGCAUUUGGUGGAGGGCUAACGAAAUGCAAACGGAAAAUAUGAGACGCGAAUCAAGGAUACCGGGCAGUGUCAGUAGGGGCAGGACUUCAUGUCCAGAAUGUACUUCGAAGUAAAUCUUGGACCAUGUCGAGUAAGCCCUAAGAAACACCAUGUAGGCUCCUUCAUGGACGGGAGGUAUAGCAAUG